AUUUGGAAUCUUGUCAACAUUAAUACGUCGAGAAAUUCUGUUAAUAGAAGUUCUCCAAAAGAGAAAAUAAACGGAAUGGCAGAAACGAUCAAAGAAGAGGAAACACAGAUUCCAGAAUUUUCGAAUGUAUCAAUUCUGAAUUGCAUUGAUCUCUCCAGUCCAGAUGUUCAAUCAACUGUCUCCCUCCUUAAACAGGUAUGCUUAGAUUCCGGGUUCUUCUAUGUGAUCAAUCAUGGAAUUGAUAAGGAAUUCAUGGAUGAGGUCUUCUAUCAAAGCAAAAGAUUUUUUACUUUGCCCAAGGAGGACAAAAUGAAGCUUCUAAGGAACGAGAAGAAUCGAGGCUAUGCUCCAUUGUUUGAUCAAUCCCUGGACCCCGCCAAUCAAAUGCAUGGGGACUAUAAGGAAGGAUAUUACAUAGGUGUUGAAGUAUCCGAAGAUCAUCCUGAUUCACAGAAGCCAUUUUAUGGGCCAAACAGAUGGCCAUCUGAGGAUAUGCUGCCCAGAUGGAGGGAAACUAUGGAGGAAUAUUAUCAAGGGGCAUUAGAUGUAGCAAAAUCUAUUUCACGGCUGUUAGCCCUCGCGUUAGGGCUAAAUGUCAACUUUUUUUGUCAAGCUGGAAUUCUUGGAAAAUCUAUUGCAACUCUGAAGCUGCUACAUUAUGAAGAUCAAAUUUCCGAACCCGCGAAAGGAAUAUAUGGAGCUGGUGCACAUUCUGAUUUUGGUUUGAUUACCCUUUUGGCUACUGAUGAUAAUUAUGGUCUUCAGAUAUGUAAAGACAAAGAUGCUAAGCCUCAGAUCUGGGAGUAUGUACCACCAUUAAAAGGGGCAUUUAUAGUUAAUAUAGGUGAUAUGCUGGAGCGCUGGAGCAACUGCUUUUUCAGAUCCACACUGCACCGGGUAUUAGGAAAUGGCCGAGAAAGAUAUUCUAUAGCAUUUUUUGUUGAGCCUAACCAUGACUUCGUUGUCGAAUGCGUGCCAACAUGUCAAUCCGAGAAGAAUCCUCCAAAGUUCACCCCAAUCAAAUAUGGAGAUUACCUUCUUCAGAGGUAUAGAGAUACUCAUGCCGACCUCAAUACCUACAAAUGAAAUGAUGUAAUAGUGUAUGCUUACAUAACUAGUGUUUAGGAACAGAUAUUGAUGUUGAAAACCAAAUGUUUUACUUUUAAAAUUUCAAUUAUUUGAUGUUUUGGUUACUUUAUAA